UGACGGCGGCCGCAGUAAUGGGAGUGGCAGCAGCGGUGGUAGCGACGGUGUCGACGGCGCCGUCGACAAACAUCGCCGAAGUGCCUCUUGCUUUUGUAAUAAGAACUGGGGAUCAGUCGUUGCCGAGGCGCUGUGACCGGCGAGUCAAUCAUUAGCGAUUAAACGGGAGGAUGUGGAAGGGCGCAGCCGUUUUGAUUUUGGGCCUCAUAACCGUUGACUGGCACUUUAGGUAUAGACAAUCGAUAGAAAUUCCAAAAUUAGACAAUGAUUAUUGGGGUCCUGGUAAAGCAGUUCCUGAUUCUAAAGAAAUCAAGCCAUUUGAGAUUGAUGUUGCCAAAGAGGUCAUCGAUGAUUUAAAUCAUCGUCUAGAUAUAUCGAGAAACUUUGCUAAGCCAUUGGAAGGUGUAGGAUGGACUUACGGCAUACAAACGCCCUAUUUGAAGACAAUUUUAAAUUACUGGAGAAAUAAAUAUAACUGGAGCGAGAGGCAGGCUUUACUUAAUAAAUAUCCGCAGUUUAUCACCAAAAUCCAAGGAUUGGACAUCCAUUUCUACCGGAUUAAGCCGGAGAUACCCAAGGGCCGGAAUAUGCGCAUCCUGCCGCUACUGAUAGUCCACGGUUGGCCAGGAUCCGUCGUGGAGUUCCAAAAGAUCAUACCAUUGCUGACGAGGCCCCAAGCGAAUCGGGAUUUCGUCUUCGAGGUGAUAGCGCCAUCGAUCCCGGGCUUCGGCUACUCCAGCGGUGCCAGCAAACCUGGUCUCUCCGCCGCACAUAUAGCCGUUGUAUUUAAGAAUUUAAUGUCGAAACUCGGCAUUGAAGAGUUCUAUGUCCAAGGUGGUGACUGGGGCUCUAUCAUCACAUCAAUUCUAGCUCAAUUAUAUCCUAAAAAUGUGAUCGGUGCACAUGCCAGCAUAUGCUACGUAGAGACAUCAAAAUCAAUAUUGAAGUCGCUCAUUGGCUCGUACAUUCCUUAUUUGGUCAUCGACAGCGAAUACCAUUCGAGAAUGUAUCCCUUAUCGGAUCAUUUGACUCGCUUAAUAAGUGAAAGUGGUUACAUGCACCUACAAGCAACGAAGCCAGACACCGUCGGUGUUGGUCUUACGGAUUCUCCGGCUGGUCUCGCCGCUUACGUUCUCGAAAAAUUCAGCACCUGGACGAAUCCGAACUUCACCGCCCGCGACGACGGUGGCCUCCUCCAGAAAUUUACCGUUGACGAGCUACUCGACAACCUAAUGAUAUACUGGAUCACAAGCUCCAUCACAACCAGUCAACGACUCUACGCCGAAACCUUUAACAAAGCCUUUAGAAAACUAGAAUUGAAUAAGAUUCCGGUGGAGGUGCCAGCCGCCUGUGCCAUGUUCCCAAAUGAGAUUUUCUACCAACCCGAGUCCUUACUGUCGGAGCACUACACUAACAUCAUACAGUUUACACAUCUGCCGAGAGGUGGACAUUUCGCCGCGAUGGAAGAGCCCCAACUCUUGGCCGACGAUAUCUGGUCUUUUGCCCGCAAAGUGGAGCAACAAAUCAUUAAUAAGAGCCGAGGAAAAUGAUCCUGUAAUGCCGUAUCGUGAACUUGGAGAACGAGGAGCAAUGAUACUACCUGCAAUUCGUUCUUUUCUCAUGACAAUAUUAAUGUAAAAGAGCUUUGUAAAAAUGCAAAACGAGGAAUGAAGAAUAAAAUUGAAUUUUGUUUAUAUGAAAGUUUACGUUUCAAGCUUAACUGUUAAAGAUCAUUUCUGCGUUCUUCUCCAUGAGAAAAACAAAAAAAAACAA